CAGAUGCCACUCCGCCUACUAAGGGGCGGGGGCUCGUCUCAUUGGCUGAACGGUAGCCCGGAGCUGGCGUGUCGCGAGAUCAGGAGGUAGAGCUCCCAGCAUCCCUCGCGAAGGCAGUUCGGUUCGGAUUGGUGGAGCCAGCCGCGCGGGGCUCCUCGAUUCCCCCCUUCCCCCCCGUUUCUUGGUUCCCUCAGGAUUGCCUCAGUUCUUCCCGCUCGAACCGAAGUGCCUCGGGGUGGAGGUGGGGAGAGGGCCGCGCGAAUGCGAGAGGAUAUUUCGCUUCCUUUUCUUCUCAGCCUUCUUAAAAAUCGCUGCUGGUUCCGCCGCUAUCAUGCAGGAGCUCAUCGCCAGCGUGGAUCACAUCAAGUUCGACCUGGAGAUCGCGGUGGAGCAACAGCUCGGGGCGCAGCCGCUGCCUUUCCCGGGCAUGGACAAAUCGGGUGCUGCUGUCUGUGACUUUUUCUUAAAAGCAGCCUGUGGAAAAGGAGGAAUGUGUCCCUUCCGGCACAUCAGCGGUGAAAAGACAGUGGUUUGCAAACACUGGCUACGAGGGCUGUGCAAGAAGGGUGACCAGUGCGAAUUUUUGCAUGAAUAUGACAUGACUAAGAUGCCAGAGUGUUACUUCUACUCAAAAUAUGGGGAAUGCAGCAACAAGGAGUGCCCAUUCCUGCACAUUGACCCAGAAUCUAAGAUCAAAGAUUGCCCAUGGUAUGACCGAGGUUUUUGUAAACAUGGUCCUCUCUGCAGACACAGACAUACCCGGCGUGUUAUUUGUGUGAAUUAUCUGGUAGGCUUCUGUCCAGAGGGACCUACUUGCAAAUUCAUGCACCCUCGAUUUGAACUUCCUAUGGGAACGACAGAGCAACCACCACUGCCUCCGCCAACACAACCACAGCAAAAGCAAAAUAACAACCCACCAUUACAAAGGUCAUCAUCCCUUAUCCAGUUAACGAGUCAGAACUCUUCUCCCAACCAACAGAGGACCCCACAGGUCAUUGGUGUCAUGCAGUCUCAAAACAACAGUAUAGGGAACAGAGGCCCUCGGCCAUUGGAGCAGGUCACCUGUUACAAGUGUGGUGAAAAAGGACAUUAUGCUAACAGAUGCACCAAAGGACAUUUGGCCUUCCUUAGUGGACAGUGAGCCAGCAGCACUUUUUUAUAUGGGAGCUGAAUUCUGCCUGGCAUCAUCUUGAACUUGUUAAUUCAUCUCUUUUCAAUGUCCAUACCAAAAGGAAGGCCAGUUGAGGACUAUUGAUCUGCAACCCUUUUUUUGUAUUUCAUCAUUUGUUUAAACCUUUUUAAGGAUAGAACUUAGUGGUGCCUGCCUUUAUUCAGACUACCCAGUGGAGAAAUGGGGUAAAGAAGAACUUGAUGCAAAAGCCUUCUUCUGAAAUGCUUUAUUUGGAGUAGGCACUCCUUGUUCCAAUGCAUUUGUUUGGAAGUCUUCCUUUUUUCAACCGUCCUUGGCUGCGAUGGAAGGUGGGAAUUAGCUCAUGAGAUGCCAUAUGCUGCACAACUGUACUGUGUUCUGCAUUUGUUGAAGAUCUGUACUGCUGUGUUCCUUGUAAGGUGUUUAGUCCAAGGGUUUUUGGUACAUCAUGUGGAAAGAGUUUUCUUAGCUACUUGCAGCAGCCUCCUGUUAAGUUGUGGGAGGGGGAAGGAGUUGAUCUUAUGCUGAAGUCUAAUGUGACAACCUUGCACCUAUAGCUCAGCUGAAGUCACAGUGGUAUAGAACAGGAGUGGGGGACCUUUGGCCCUUCAGAUGUUGCUAAACUACACCUCCCAUCAGCUCCAGCAAGCAUGCCUAAGGGCCAAGGAUAAUGGGAGUUGUGAUUCAGCAACAUCUGGAGGGUCAAAGGCUCCCCACCUGGUAUAGAGCUCAUCUCCCUUUAACUUAGUCAAAGGUGAAAAAUGAAGGAACUUCCUAAAGUUCUUUAUGUAUUCAUGGUGGGUGGUAGAGGCAAAUAUGUAGAAUGAAACCCAGGUUACAUGCUUUCUGCCAGAGAACUCAAAUUGAUUAUCGAAGCUGAAAUCAGAAUUCUUCCUGAAAUUUGUCAUACAAGCUCGAGCCAUUAGCAGAUACCUGCUACAGUUGCCAAACUACCUUUGAGCAUUUGUUUUGUUUGAAAGGGAGGUAUUUUGAUGGAAAAAGCUGGGCUUUUAUUUUAAUUUGUGAAAUGUGACUUGGGGGUCGGGAAAGAUAACAUGCUUGAGAAGAAUUAACUGGGUCCUGCAUCAUAUGAUUUGUCCAGGAUUCUUAGUUAAUUAAAAAAAGUUGUAAAGUAUCAUUUUGCAGAGUGAGCAGUUUUCUAGCAAGAGCCAUUGUUCAACAUUGUGAAAGGCAGUCUUCCUCUUGCAGAAGAAACAUUUGUCCCUUAUUAGGGACACUGAAGGAAAGAGAGGAUAUACUAGUGUAAAUGGUUUUCUUCUCUUGCCAGGACUAGAUUUAGCCUAGCUCUAACAUGCACAUAGCUUUAGUAGCCUAAACUGAUUUUGCUCUGCAGAUCUGAGUAAGUCUCAAGUAUGUCAUCUUAUCACUUGAUUAUUUUGUUUAUAGCAUGGUACUGUUUAUCCUCCUUUGGGAAGCAAAUGUUUGACUAGGAUGACUGCAUUCAGUUGCCACAAAAAUGUCCUAUCAGCACCAUAUAGGCCUAUGUUUGCUCUUGGAAAUUAUAACCUGUGGGAGUAAUAGAACUGCAAAUAGAGGGAAGACACUGGGUGCCCCCAAACUACAAACUGAUGAACCAAGCAAGCACAUCAUAAGAUGAAUGUGGCAGAACUACAAAGGUCAUCUUCCAGGCAAUUUAAGGUCUAUGGAACAUUUAUUUAAAACAGGAACUUAGUACUUUCAUUUCAUCUAGCAUAAGCAAGGUUGAUACUUAUAACAACACUUAAUUCUGUCACAACUUGAGGAAAAUAUUCACUGACUGGCUGUGGUUAACUGUAUGUAAACUGGUAGAGUUGGAACGAUCCUUUCAAACACUAUUGUAUUUUUGCAGCUCGAGAAUAAGGGCUUAUAGAAAUGCCCUGUCAUCUUGCAGUGGUCAAAUUAGCUCUACAAGUCACUAUGUUGGUAAAUAUUUUAUUAUUGGUCACAGAAUACACUGGUGAUUCUAGAACAUAA